AUGACAAAGAGAAAAGCCUUGGGGUCUGAUGCCGAAGGUGCAAACCCACAAAAUAAUGAGGUGACUGCAUCCACUGCUUGUAAUAAUACACAACAAUCAACAAAGAGACAACGUAAACCAACCUCAAAAUUUUUAGAGCAAGCUUUAAAUAAAAAAAAAUCUGGAGCUUUGAAAAAUAAAGAAGGUUUGAUAAAUGACGAUUUUUGUUCAUCGUGUAAAGAUGGAGGUGAUUUGCUCUGUUGUGACAGUUGUGAAAAGUCAUUUCACUUAAUGUGUUUAAAUCCACCCCUUGAAGAGAUCCCAGAAGGUGAUUGGUAUUGUAAUUCUUGUAAAUAUAAAAAAAGUAAAACUAAUGUUACAAAAUCACCAUCAACCACAAUUAUAAAUAAUAAAACCUAUUUUAAAGAGUCAGAACAAUCUCCUGAAGAAAUGUCACCGCCAUAUUUGCCAAUAUCUUCAUCACCUAUUGGUAGUACAAUGUCAAGUUUAGUUGAUAAUUUAUCAUCAGUAAACCCUUCAACUUUUCAACUUCCACAAGAAUAUACAAAGAAUGUAAAUAGAAAUUCAUCAAAAAAAUUAAAUUGUUUAGUUUGUGAAGAAAGUUCAAAUAGUGGAGAUAUUUUGCAAUGUAAUAAAUGUAAUGCGGCUUAUCAUUCCACUUGCGUCGACUCAUCCUCUUUGGGAAAUAAAACAUCAGCUUGGUUAUGUCCAAAACAUAAUAAAAAUAUAGAAUCACAAUCAGCAAAUAAUAGUCAUAAUAAUACACCAAAAUUAGCAGGAAAAUCAAAAGAAAAAAAAGAGAGGACAAUAGCAGCAGGAUCUAACAAGAGUUCGGCACAGAAAAAAGAAACUGGGAAAAGGUUUGAAAAAUUAGAAAAAAUUGACAAAGAAUUUUCCCCAAAAGAAAAGAAAGAAACAACUAAAGAGAGAAAAGAUAAGGAAUUAACAGUUUGUCAUUCAUCGCCCGAAGAAAAAAAAAGCAAAAGUAAUACAUCAACACCUCAACUAUCUGGAAAAAAAGCAAAUAAAAAUAUGGCGACAGUUUCACCAUCCCCUUCUACUAGUAGCUUUAUUUCAAGUCUUGUUGAGAAAACUCAAAAAAAUAUAAGUGAUCCAAAUAAAAUAGGUAGCACUACAAAAAAUACAGGUAGCGAUGAUGAAUAUAGCGAUGGGUCAGAUUCAGAAAAAUAUAAAAAUAAAAAUAAAAAUAAAAAUAAUAAGGGUGUCAACAAUUCAUUAGAUAAUAGAAAUAACUAUAGCAAACCUAUACAGUCAACAGUUCUUUUAAGCAAGCUAGAGGAAUUAAAGCGAAUAAAAGAAAGCAAUCCCCAAAUGGAUGAGUCAUCACCAUCUCAAAGUCAUGGUUUACGUAAUAGUGAUCGUCAAAUAGACUUGGCUAAUAAACAACCUCAAUACCGACCUGUUGUAAAUAAGAAUAAGAAAAUACUAAAAACUCCAAUUUUAAGCGAAAGAUUUACUUUAGAUUUUUCAAAUAACCAAAAUCCACUUUUUAAUAAUACAUACAAACCCUCGUCUAAAGACCCAUUCUAUGAAAAUAUAUAUGGAAACGGCCAAACCAUGGAACAACUCUAUGACCAUCAAUUAAUUAAACAGUUAUUUGGUGAAAAAAAUUCAGAUAUAAUCCAAAAUAAUUUAAUGUACAACACUAAUAAUAAUAAUAAUAUUAAUAAUAUGAAUAAUAUGAGUAAUAUGAAUAAUAUGAAAAAUAUGGAUAAUAAUAUGAAUAAUAAUAAUAAUAAUAAUAUAAAUAAUAUUAAUAUAAAUAAUAUUAAUAAACCUGAUAUGACAACUAGAUCACCAACAAUCCAAAAUGAAAACGAUAAUAUAAACUACAACAUAAAAAAUAACAAUCAUUAUCAAUUAGAAAAAUUAUUAAAUGAACAAAGAAAGCUUUCAGUUGCGAGUAUGCCUUCUGAAUUUGGGAUUUUACCAAAUGAAGUACUUCAGCAACCAAUCGAUUCUGCCAACUCAAUAGUAAUGUCAAAUUUAUCACCACUUUUUACCCAAUUUUUAGCAUGGCAACGUUUAAUGCAAAUUAACCAUCAAAUAUUUCAAGCCAGAGCAAGUUUUCCUGAACUCUCACAACCUUUUUUUCCACAACCACAACAUUUUAAUGUUAAUAAUAACCAACGACCAAAUAACACUACUGCCACUACCACCACCACCGCUACCACUACCACAUCUAUCUCUACACCCACAUGUGAUUUAAAACCGAAUAGCAAUAAUAACGAUAAUAGCAAUAGUGACUAUAAUGGUGGUAAUAACAGUCAAGAUGCAAAACUUGCUGAAUAUGAAAAUAGCAGUGAAAAAAAAAUAUUAAAUAGAUCAGGUGAAGCUUCUCCAAAUACAACACCUUAUAAGCAAAUUAAAUUUAUAAAUUCAAGAAAUAGUGUAAAUAAAGAUAAAGAAAAUAAUAAUGAUAAAAAAUCAACAGAUGACGAAGGCGGAACACCUAGUAAAUAUAUCGCAACCUUAAAAUCCCCACUAGUUUUAUCAAUUCUUAAAUCACCAACAACAUCACCAUCCUCGUCCGCCUCAGCAUCCUCAACACUUCAAAAUCAUCCAUCCCCAACUUUACUUUCAUCCUCAUCUGCAUCAGACUCACCUCAACAGGAAUUAAAAAUUAAAUUAAAUAUAUCCCCAAUAUCAAGAAGAACGAAAUUAUAA